AAGAAAAGAAACUUCCGCAGCCUGUCCUCCUCCUCCACCGCAUAAUUCCGUAUGUCCCUUUAUAUUCCCGCCGACCUCCGCCAAUCUCAAUUGUUUUUCGCUGCCGCAUUUCGUCCAACACUUGAGACGUAAUCCAUGUCGCAGACCAUCAAAUAUUGGCUAUCGGAGCACCCAACCAUCUUAAACUUCCGCUGGAGCACCACCCACUCAUGGGGCUCCACCUGGUCCUUCCUCUUCACCGCCAUCCCCGCCUACAUCGCCGCCGCCGCCGCCCUCCACCUACUACUCACCCUCUUCCGCCGACGUGACCGCCCUGUCCCGCUCGGCCCAAUCCCUGCCGUCCACAGCCUCUGCAUGGCCCUCAUAUCCGCCGUCAUCUUCGCCGGAAUCCUCGUCUCCUCCGCCGCAGAGAUUCGCGAAACCCGCUGGUUCUGGCGGCGCACCAAGACCACCCCUUUCCAGUGGCUCCUGUGCUUCCCGCUCGGCACCCGCCCUUCCGGCCGCGUCUUCUUCUGGUCUUACGUCUUCUACCUCUCCCGAUUCCUCCACCUCCUCCGCACAUUCUUCAACAUCCUCCGCCGCCGCCGUCUCACCUUCUUCCACCUCUUCAACCAGUCCAUCCUCAUCUUCAUGUCGUUCCUCUGGCUCGAAUUCUCCCAAUCGUUCCAGGUCCUCGCCAUACUCUCCACCACUCUGCUCUACUCCGUCGUCUACGGCUACCGGUUCUGGACCGGAAUCGGGCUCCCCGGCGCGUGCUUUCCCUUCGUGGUGAACUGCCAGGUGGUGCUGCUGGGCUGCAACUUGGUAUGCCACGUCGGCGUCCUCUCCCUGCACAUUUUGAAAGGCGGCGGGUGCAACGGGAUCGGUGCUUGGCUUUGCAACUCCGUCCUCAACGGCGCGAUUCUGUUGCUGUUCUUGAAAUUCUACGUGAAAAUGUAUUUGAAGAAUUCAGCGGUGGUUGAUGAGGUUGUGAGUUCGCCCACGCAUUUGGGAUCUGAGUCGGAGUCAAAGCCCGUGGUUAAAGAAAAGUAUUGUUAACGAUAAAAAUUUAGUUGCACAGAAAUUUCGAUAAAGCUGUCUAAUUAGAUUAGUUCUCACAUCCGUUUGGACAAAGCAAAACUCCUUGUCAACGGUGUGAUUGGGCUGCCCUACCCAAGCGAGUUACUUGAUUUAGCAGGUUCUAGGUGUAGAUGGAAAUAAGCUUCAUUGUGAAUAUGAUAUAUUUUUCCUUAAAUAAAUUUGAAAGUUCUCUA